GAUUUUACGCAACACCUAUGUCCCCUUUGUCCCCCUUUAUUUCCUCUCUCGGAUUUAUUCCUGUCCUAACCCGAGCCGCAGGAAAUGCUGUCCUGGAGGGCUAAAGAUGGAGGUUCCAGUUCCAACUACACAAAAAAUGAGGUCACAACUCCCCAGUUAUCUUCCUCUACCCAGUCCGUGCACUUGUCCUGCUGGCUCAGUGCUCCUGAAAGAUCAGAUCCCUGAGGAACAGUAUGAGGAGCUGGCCCAACGCCGAGCUAAGGAGUUCCAGCAAUACAAGGCCAGGACAACCUCUGUACUAUCCAAACUACUAUUUGCUGCAGCCAACUCUCCUCUACAGUAUCCUAUCCAGGGUUUUACAGUACAACCUUUGACUACCACUCACAUACCAGGUUUAGCGUUGUACGCAGAACGAAGGAGCAGCUACAAGGUAUCUUUAAAUGUGUCCAAAGGCAUCCUGUCCACAGAGAUCCCAGCUGAAGGGGUAACAGUCCAAGGUGACGGCCAGACGAGCUUGAUUAUGGAGUCCAGCAGCCUGUUGACACUCAAUGACCUCCUGGCUAAAGUGUCCUAUACCAGCACUGUCUACCAUAUACACACUGGAGACCUUGCAUCCUUCAAGUUUGAAAACCAUGAAGCCGUGUUUCCCAUCACCAUCAAACAGCCUCAUGUACCAGUCCUGUAUGACAUGGGAAAAGACAUCAGCUCUCAUGUCACCAUCAUCACAAAAACAUUCCUGCGGUACACAGAGCUGAAGGUGUUGUUGAACAGUAUCCGGCAAUUCUAUAGCAACAUAGAAGUCAUCAUUGCAGAUGACAGCUUGGAACCAGAGAACAUUACUGGAGAACACAUCCGACACUACAUCAUGCCUCCAGCACAGGGCUGGUUUGCUGGCAGGAAUCUAGCUGUUUCCCAGGUAACCACCAAGUACUUCCUCUGGGUGGACGAUGACUUUGUGUUUACGGAGAACACAAAGAUAGAGAAGAUGGUGGAGGUGAUGGAGGCGGUCCCAGAACUGGAUGUGGUGGGAGGAUCAGUACAAGGGAACCAGUUUUACUUCUCUAUUCUCUACGAACAAGGAGAGGAAAUGGAGGGUGGGUGUCUGUACAGAAAAUCUAAAGGAAAAUUCCAUUCACUUCCUGGCUACCCAGAGUGCUAUCUGGCCAGUGGGGUGGUCAAUUUCUUCCUGGCUCGUACAGAUGCUGUACAGAGAGUGGGCUUUGAUCCUAAGCUCCAGCGGGUAGCACACUCAGAGUUCUUCAUGGAUGGGCUGGGCUCCUUGAUGGUGGCCACGUGUGGCCAGGUGUCCAUUGGCCAUCAGCCCAAAACAGGCAAAAACCCAGAUGCAGCUCGCUACGCCAAAUUCAGAGCCUCCUCAAGGAGCGACAACACAUUCAAACUGCUGCUUCACUUCUUCAAAAACCACCUGAAGUGUAUCCGAUAUGGAUAGAAGAUGACAAUCAGGUCAUCAGCUAUAGUUUAGACUUCUCUAAAUGAAGACAUCAUUUAGAGAAGUCAAAUGAUGGGGGGUAGGGGGUAACACUGAGUUGUAAGCAUAAAUGUCAAAAUUUCAUGGCUAUGUCAAUUCAUUCCAGUGGAAUUCCUGUGGUUAUUGAGGAAGAGGAGUUGCAGGUACAGAUGCAUCUUUUGAAUAAACUGUGUGACCUUAUCAUCUUGUUAGAUACUUCACUGAGCUGAGCUUAUGUCAGGGUGUCAGUUCUGAGCCAGGGCUUUUCUUUUGUAGUUCUGUUGUGUUUGUUUUAUUUCCUGUUUUAUUUUGUAAUCACUGACCUCCCUCUUGUUUCAGGUGUCUUGUCUUCCCCUUCCUUCUGUGCUCCCUCCUCCUGGUGAUUACCUACCCUGCCCUAAUGUGGUUCACCUGUGUCUCAUUGUCUGCCCUGCCCCUGUGUAUUUAGUGUCUGUGUCUCCCUGCACUCCCUGCCAGUUCGUCUUGUGUUUCUGCCAGACCUACCAGCCUUUGAGUUUGAUACUGUUCUCUAGCAGCCAUAGGUUUUGACCCUUGCCUGUGUUUUUUGACCUUGCCUCAGCUCUAGUCCUUUUUGUACCGUUGCUUUCUCUUUUUGCCUAUCUGUGUUCCGACCUCGUUUGAUUAAAGGACCUUGAUUUUGGUAACUCUGCCUCCUGUUUGCGCCUGUGUCCACAUUGCUACACCCUGACAGCUUAGACAAUUUUAUUUUCCCUUUUACUAUUUUUUAUUGAAUAAAUUGUGUAAAAUGGUUUAAAAAAAAAAAAAGAGAGAAAGUUUAAGUGGAGCAAACAGAACAGACAUGAAAUCUGUGACUGAUUUGCAAGAGAUUAAUUAUGGGUUACCACUAAUUCCUGGUUCGUUCACCAGCUACAGCACUUCACUCACUAGCUCUGAUAGUAUAUUCUCUAUGUCACAAAACUUCUAGCACCACAUACUUUGCAAAGAAGAAGAUUAUUUCUACCAUACCACUUUCUGGUGUGACCAGGCCUUUAGUAUGGCUGCUGUAUAACAGGACCACCAACACCACUGAUGGUUUCAUUAACUGCUUCCACAGAUUAAGAUCCUUUGCUAAUAAGAAGUGUUUCUGUUUCAGAUAAAAACAGAGGAGUCAUAUGUCAUCUCUCAUGUGGUUGAACCAUAAACUGUGUUUAUGACAAACUUGUUGUCAUAAAGUUACCUCUGCACUGGCUAGCAGACAUUGUAUUUUUUAGGCAAUAUUUGUGGUAUGGUCUAGGUAUACCAGUGUCAGUCCAUCAAUAAAAUAUCUGUAUUAUCGCAACAGUUUUUGGAUGUAUUCUUUUACACACUGUAAUAUAUUAGAAGAUGUUAGAAUGUUAGUAGCUUUUCGUAGUGUGCUAAAAGGUGAUGAAAGAUGAUAUGAAGAUAGGAUGUUGAUAUUUAUCUCUUAUUUUUGGUACAUAUGUCAUCACAUCAUCCUGUCACAUUGCUGUGCUAAA